CCACCUGACUCCUCCGCCAUCAGUUUCACGGACCCGGCCGUGUCCAUGGACCUGCUGCGAGCUGUCCUGCAGCCCAGCAUCAACGAGGAAAUCCGGGGCGUCUUCAACAAGUACAUGAAGUUUUUCCAGAAGGCAGCAAUCAAUGUCCGCGAUAAUGUCGGGGAGGAGGUGGACCCGGAGCAGCUCAUCCAGGAGACCUGUCGGAGCUGCCUGGAGCAGGCCAAACUGCUGUUCUCUGACGGCAAAAAGGUCGUUCCCAGGUUGCCCCAUGAGCAAGCAGUACCAAAGCGUGCCCGACAGAUGGAUGAGGAGCUGAAUCGUCGAGGGAGCCCUGUUCCCAAAAAGAGAAAGGGGCGGCCUCCAGGACAGAGCCUGUUGAACGAUCGUGGGGUCUCAGGCAUGGCUGCGUGGAAGCUCAAAGUCUCUGAGCCCGUGAGAAGGGAUGGACCAAAGUGGGAUCCAUCCCGACUGACUGAAACCACAACCUUUGUGCUGGGAUCUCGAGCAAACAAAGCUCUCGGGAUGGGAGGAACAAGAGGGCGACUCUACAUCAAGCAUCCCCACCUCUUUAAGUACGCAGCCGACCCGCAAGAUAAGCACUGGCUGGCAGAGCAGCAGCACAUGAGGGCCACUGGGGGCAAGAUG